CCGGAGCAGCAACUCCGAUGACUCUGACAGUAGAUUGGAACCAGUGGCGGUACUCCGGCAAUUGGCCUCCAGCGACCUGCGACAUCUGGGCUUCGAUCGGAUGAGUUCGGGCAGGCUUGGGCAGCAGCGGGCUGGUCUAGGAAGUGGCGGUUAUGCCCGGAGGGCGUUGGGUGUUCCAAGGAGGUUGUCGACGAGAUCGGGCAUCGACGACAGUCGUGGACAGCGGAAUCGUGCUCCAGAGAUGAUCAUUCGUCACAUUCGUUGGAAUACGACGAAGGAAUCGAGGCCACUCAUGGGAAAGUCAGGCAGUGCACAUAGGGUGGAGGAGACAGGUGGCCAGAACUCUAGUUAGUCGUGUUUGGGAAGAAAUGUGUGCGAGUGAGAUGGAGGGAAUAAAGUGGGGGAGACAGGUGGCCAGAACCCUAGUUAGCGGUGUUUGGAAAGAAAUGCGUGUGAGUGAGAUGGAGUAAGUAGAGUGGGGAAGGAGUGGAGAAGACUGGUAGCCAGAACCCUAGUUAGCAGUGUUCGAAAAGAAAUGCGUGAGUGAGAU